AUGACGAGCCAGGUAGCUGAAGCCGCACCUGAUGCCGAGAUCCGCAAACAACAGGUCCCUGCGAGUGGGAAGUACACCUUGUACCCGGAGAGCCGGUUCGCUAUAUUAAUCGGCCUGGUGUGCCUAAUUUGGAUUUUGGUCGUUUACUUCAUAGCCAGCCCGAGGUACCUGAGCGAGCACUCUACAGAGAAUUCCGAUUCGCCGAGAACGCCGCUGACGUUUCCGACGGCAGUGACGGCCAAGCCAACUACAGUGACGGCAACAAGGACGUCGGACGAAGUGCUUUCGAAUGUUUACCUCUGCUCUACAGAUCGCUGCAUUGAUGAAGGAGAGCGUCUGAGGCGAUAUAUAAACCGAGAACUGUCGCCAUGCGAGAAUUUUUACCAAUACGUUUGCAGUAGGUGGGAACUAGAGACUCCAGUUCGAGAGUUCGGACAAGGCGUCGCAAUUUCUACUGACGUCUUGCUUGAAGAGACAAUCGCGGCGGCCUUAAGCGACUACAUCCGAGAUGUGCGCAACUUCGACGUCGGCCUGACUCGACUGUUGUACGAGGCUUGCCUGAAGCCGGCGGGAAAUUCUUCUGCCUUUUUACGAGAGCAAGUCUUUGCGACACUGCCCAUACACGUCUGGCCUUACAAUGGCACUCAUCUGAAGUCGGAUGAUAUUUGGCACUUGGCUGGAACACUGAUUCGCAAGUACGGGGUCGUAUCUAUACUGGAUGUCACCAUAGGCGUACAGCAUGGCCGCACGAAUCGUACUAUCGAAAUUAGCUACCCACGACACCUGCAUAUCAAGGAAGAUUACGAGAAUGCUGAAUUAUUGGAAACAAUUAGAUCUGCUAUUUUGGAAGCAGCCGAAGAAUUUGGGUGGUUGAGUGAAGCCGAAAGCCUAAUCUGGCAGGUGAUUUCAGUCGCUAAGUAUCUAGCUGACAUUGUGGAUGACAGCACCAUAUGGGAGGUGCUCGUGUGGAGAUUUGACGAGUUUGUUGAAUCCAACAGGGACAUAGGCGUAUUUCUGAGCUCAGUUUUCGAACGGGACGUCGUCGCCGACACGACAGUCGUGCUGAGGAACUUGCGCCCGAUCGAACGACUUCAAGCUUUCGCGUCCACUGCAAGCGUCGUCGCGUUUCUCAACUACUUGGGCUUCCGCCUCGUGGUUCACUUUUCACCGCUUUUAAAUCGCGAUCGGACGACAGAUCUUCAGCGCCUCGCUGGAAGUGAGCACGCAGGUCGUGUGCUUAGCCGCGACAAGGACUGGCUUCUGUGUCUCCGAAUGGUGGAGAGCGUGCAGCCAGCGUGCUUAUCCAAAGCUCAGGCCAUGCAGCAGGUCGCCGCAGGAGCGUACGCGCCGAGUCGAAUAUGGAUCGGAAAGCUGGAGGAUCUGUUUUACCGCAAUCUGCCUCGCCUCGCGUGGAUGACGGAGAGGAGUGUCAGCGUGUUCAACAACGUGGUGCGGCGGUUUCACGUGGCACGUUUUUUCGCCGCUUCCUCGUUGAAUGAAGACCACUGCCCCCAACUACAGCUGGCCCAAAUCCGAGGUCGCAGCUCGAUCAGUCUGUUCGUUCACGUCGCCGGAAUGUAUCAACGCUGGCGGCUUCGGCAAAUUGGGAAGCCUACCAGACCCCGGGACUACGGUCACACGCUUGACAUGCGCAGCAGGUACAGCGUUGCUCAGCAAGCGGUGUACGUACCGGUGGGACUCGUGGGUGACGACGCGCUGCCGGCUAACAGCACCCUGCCCGUUUACCACGCGUCGCGUUCGGCAGUGCGCCUCUACCUCGGACUGCUGCCGCUCGUCUACGAGCGGUGGGACAGCAACGACAACGGCGAGGUGCCCGAGGUGUUGAGCGGACGUUCGGCCAACCGUCUAGCCCAGCUUCUCGACUGCCUGGAAGCGGACUGGUUGUCCAUGCCCCGCGAACUGCGGCUCGCCGUGGGUGACGUUGCGUUACGUGCUACCGAGGCACGCUAUCCCCUCCUGGCACAGAGCUCUGCGCUGGCUCUCGCCUAUGCCGCCUUCAAGGAACUGCUGAGCGUGGAGCGCGUGUGGAAGCUGGAUUUCAGGCUGCAGUCGCUGGCGCACGUCACUUCGGAGCAACUUUUCUUCCUCUACUACGCGCUCGACAACUGCGAACGCAGCGACAAGCCCUACAGGUCGCGUCAAUUUAAAGCCUGGAAACACCUGCCGCCCGAGUACCGCGUCAACCUACCACUGCGCCACCUACCGCAGUUCGCCCAGGCGUUCCAAUGCAACGCCUCUGGCGGGAAUCGGGGGGACGAAAGAGGGCAGCCCAUGGCGGCACCCGAUGGCUCACGUUGCGACGCCGUCCGCUGGUACUUGCGCGCGUCGCCCAACUCGAGAAGCCGGCAGGCACAGCGUGGCCUGAAUGCAGACAUUCCCUCCGAGUUCCUUUUUGGCAUCGCGGACGUCCCGUCAACGACCGUCGCGGCUGGCGACAGCGCGCGUUUGCGCGAUAAUGGAAUAACGUCUACGGUCUCCAGACCAGAUGUUCGCUAA